UUUGGUUGAUCGAACGCGCACGUGUUUUGUGUUCAAUAUUUUUAAUUUAAUAUUUGAAAAUGGGAUUCGGUAAACCUCGUGGCGGCGGCGGAAGAGGAUUCGGUGGUGGCGGCGGCGGCGGAGGACGUGGAGGAGGCGGCGGCGGCUUCAGAUCCAACGGAGGCGGCGGCGGUGGAGGAUUUGGAAGAGGAGGAGGUGGCGGAGGAUUCGGCAGAGGAGGAGGCGGUGGACGUGGAGGUGGCCGUGGAGCCUUUGAUAAUGGACCCCCGGAGAGAGUUAUACCUUUGGGUGACUUCGUCUACUCGUGCCAAAACGACCUUGUGUGCAAAGUUGGUAUUCAGGAUGUUCCAUAUUUCAACGCGCCAAUCUUCCUCGAAAACAAGGAACAAGUGGGCAAAAUUGACGAAAUCUUUGGAACAGUUCGAGAUUACAGCGUGUCCAUCAAACUGUCGGACAACGUCUAUGCCAACAGUUUCAAACCAAACCAGACAUUGUACAUCGACCCUGCAAAGUUAUUACCGAUUGCAAGAUUUCUGCCAAAGCCUCCACAACCAAAAGGAGCGAAGAAAGCCUUCGGCGGAGGAGGCGGCGGCGGCGGCGGUGGUCGCGGUGGAGGUGGCUUUGGUCGUGGAGGAGGUGGUCGAGGAGGCGGAGGCGGACGAGGUGGUGGCGGAUUCAGAGGAGGAAACCGCGGAGGCGGAGGCGGUGGUGGUGGAUUCAACAGAGGUCGAGGAGGCGGCGGCGGCGGAGGAGGUGGUCGCGGUAGAUGGUAGUUUUCAAUAUCUGACCCGCACUAAAACAUUUAAAGAAACGUACAACACACUUUUUGUACAGAUCCAAAUAGUUUGUAAGCAAAGCCCCAUUUGGGUAUUAUUCGCUGACCAUCAAAUCGAAUA